AUUCUUUUUGUCGAAAAGUGAUGUGUUUUUGAACAUUUUCUCCUUUAAAAUGAUUUUCUUCAAUCAAGUAUAGGUCAUGUCAAGGUCAUAUUUUAUAGCGGCAUUGUUUGAUUUUUAUACUUUGUACUUGAUUCAGUUAUUUUCUUCGUAUUUUCUUGUACAUACGAUUUGCAGAAAAGACACAUUUUAUGAGCAACUACCAUUGUGUUAUACGAGCAGCCUGUGAUACAUUUGGAGAGGGAGUAUGACUUUAUAAGUAUCCUAACUCCGAUUUACAAUUUCGAGUCGGACUUCAUUGAGUAAUACCAGCUAGGGAAGUUUAUGCAUGGUAACACUUUAAAGUGAAAUGGGUCCCAACCUUACACCUUCAGGCGUCAAGACUGCCCUUGUUCCUUCACUGAGAAAUCCAGGUUUGACCCAGAGAUUGUUUGCAUAGUUUCAAAAACCGAGAAGCCGAAAUGGGAGUGACCCAUUUGUGGACGAUACUAGACCCUGUAAAGGAACACAAGCCUUUGGCAGAUUUGAGAGGACAGAUCCUUGCGGUUGAUCUUAGCAUGUGGGUUUGUGAAACUCAGGGUGUUAAGCAGAUGCAGGGGACUGUCACCAGACCAUACCUCAGAAACCUUUUCUUCCGCACUUGUCACUUGCUGCAGUUGGGUGUCCUGCCUGUGUUUGUGGUAGAGGGGGAGCCACCAGAGCUGAAGUGGGAUACCAUGUUGCAUAGACAACAAUCCCGUUUUGGUGGAUCUGUAUCCAGGGGGCGAGGAAGAAGCCGAGGAGAAGGGAAAGUGAGCAAAGGGAGAAAACCUGGAAGGUCACACUUCAAGGCUUGGCUCAGGGAGUGUUGUGAACUGUUGAAGUGUCUUGGAGUGCCUUUUGUACAAAGUGAAGGGGAGGCUGAGGCUAUGUGUGCUUUACUCAACAAAGAAGGAUUAGUAGAUGGCUGCUUAACAGAUGAUGGUGAUGCCUUUUUGUAUGGAGCAAAGACAGUUUACAGGAACUUUACUAUGAACAGCAAGGACCCUCAUGUUGAGAUGUUCACCUCAGUCUCCAUAGAGUCCCAGCUUGGGUUGAACAGGGAAGGCUUAGUGGGACUUGCCCUGCUCCUAGGAUGUGACUACCUACCUAAAGGCAUUCCUGGGGUGGGCAAGGAGAUGGCUAUAAAACUGAUGCAUACCCUGGGGUCAUGUAAUGUGUUAAACAGGUUCAGACAAUGGCAGCACUGUAGCCAGAUGCAUUUGGAUGCCAUGGAAAUUCCUGUGUAUAAAAAAAGUCAGCAAUUAAAGGACUUUCCUAAUGAAAAGGUAAUUUCUGAGUUCCUGAAUACACGGGAUAGAGUACCUACUGUAAAAUUUGACUGGAAGCGACCUCAGAUUCAAACAUUGCAGUCAUUUACCCUCCAGAGACUAGAAUGGUCCACAGAGUAUACUUUAGACAAGGUUCUUCCUCUGGUAACAAUGUGGGACAUGACAGUCCAUUCCAAAUCAUCAGCUAAGAUGAUCAGGCUGAAACCCCAUAGAAUAGUAAAAUCACGUGUGAGACAAGGGGUGUCUUGCUAUGAAGUGGAAUGGUUUAAAGAAAGUUGGGACACUGACACGGAGGCUGAUUACUAUGUGACAGUUGAAGAUCAGGUUAUCUUUACCAUGAAUUUUCCAGAAGUUGUCAGAAUGUUUGAACUUACAAUUGAGCAGAAAAAGAAACCCAGGAGAAAAGGUUCCAAAGCCAGUAAAUCAGAUACUCAGGAUGUGGAGGAACUUGCUACCGCAGUGCGAUCUAUCAACAUUGAUGAACAUCCCAGGAAAAUGACUCAGGAGCUUAGACAUGAAAUAUCCACAUCUGAAGAAAACAUUUUCCAACAAAAGGAGAAGACCUCUAAGAUUGUUUCAUCUAAAAGCAAUUUUACUUGCACUCUGAAAAGUGCUCUGGAUUCUCAAAAUGUGAACAGUUCUCAGUCUGUGGCAACAGGACUACACCCUGCUGCACCAAAGUGUGAGCAAAAUGUGCCACUGAAAGUAGAUGCACAAGAAAUACAUAGUAAAUAUGGUGAGAAUCACCAAGAUGAGGAGGAUUUUGAUAUAUCUGUGGUUCCUCUUUCACAACGGCUAAAGAUGCGAGGUCUACAUAGUAAAGGUCUUGGGAACAGUGGUGCCAAAUGUUCAUUUGCAGAAAAUGUGGUGAAACCUGUUCCUGCAGUUGGUAAAACAAAAAUGGUUGUUGACCAAAUCAUUUUAACCUCUGAAGACAAGGGCAGCAUAAAACAAGAUUUAGACACAGACACAGCUAGAAUUGGAAUUGCCUUUUCAUUGCAGACUACCAAACCUUCACCAGUUAAUUUGGCUGUUGAACAGUCUGUUUUGUACAAAGACAAUGUAAUUUCUGAAAUGAAGUCUUGUGCAUCAGGAGUUUUGAAGUCAUCUUACAAAGAUAUAGAUGUGUCACAAAGCAUUCAGGAAAGACCAAGAAGCAAUUUCUUGUUAAAUGAAUCAAAUUGUAAUAUAGAUAGAGGUAUAUCUCAAGAGUUGUCUGAUAAGACAAACAUACAGGCAGAAUCAGAUGAAAAAGUAGUAACAAGCCCUUCACUGAUGAAUGAACAGAAGGUUUCACACUCAGUUGCUUAUAGAAAGGACAAACAAGAUGCUAAUUUGCAUAGUGCAUGGCAAUUGCUCUCAGCCUCACAUUACAGUGACUCCACAUCAGAAGAAACUGUAAAACAGGUGCAACAUGUCACUGAGGUGCAGAAUGAAAUAGAAAGCCCACUAGCCCUUUUCAAGUACCCAAAAUUUCUUCCUCUAACUCUAGACCAGCGACUCAACCAGAAGGUAUAUAUAUUUCACAAACAGACAAGGAUGCACAGGCAGAGAAUAACCGUGUGGCUCUAAUGUAUUCAA